AUGAGCCACAACACAGAAUUAAUCUCUUCUUCAAUGGAAGCAAUUGAAAGAAAUGAUGACUUACUCACUCAAAUCUUUGCUCGUGUGCUUCUCAGAGAUGUCAUAACCUUCAGAUGUGUCUCCAAGCGUUGGCUCUCUCUCAUCUCCGCCCUUUACUUCCGCCGCUGUCACGCCAGCGUAAAACAAAGAGUCUCCCGUUUGUUCUUUGAUUUCGUCCCCGACUCUGUAUUUCACCAGGAAGUGAAAUUCUUCUACUUAGACAAGGAAACCUGCCCCUCAUAUUCUUCAUCUUCAUUUUCCCCCAAAAUCCCCGAUCUAGGCUCUUCACAGAUAAUACAAUCUUGCAACGGCUUGAUGUUGCUCCAAUCGGAAGAAGCCGUGUUUAUCUAUAACCCUACCACCGGAGACAAGAAAACCUUGCCUUCUUCCUUUUCAUCGUUUGAUUCAUCAGAUUUACAUUACUCUCUAGCUUUUGCUUUUGAUCCCUUACGCUUUAUCGGUUAUAAGGUUAUCUGCAUUUUUGAUGGCGUGGAUUCAAAGAAUGAAUGCUUCGAAACCAUGAUUUACUCUUCAGAAUCCGGUGUUUGGAAGCGCGGGUGUUUCUUUCCGUCUACCUUCCGCGUUGAAUUCGAUAUGAUGACCUAUUUCAAGGAUUCAAAUUAUUGA